UCUAUUUCUUUUAUAGAUCUAUAUUUUUCUGCUAUUUUAAUUCAUAUGUUAUAAUGUAAUUUUUAUGAGAAUAGAAGAAGAAACAUGGUCUAUUUACUGUUUUCAUCCAACUGCAGUGUAAUGGAUUCAGAAAAUUCUACCUCACCUCUUACACCUGCUGUAUCGGAUCAAGUUGAAGCAGGACUAACUGCAACGUAUAUCAUACUGUACUCCAUGUUGUUUAUUAUCGUUUAUGUUCAAUUAUGGCUUGUUCUGUACUACAAUUAUAAAAGAGUAAGCUUCCAGACUGUAUUCUUGUUUCUGUGUGUGGCAUGGAGUGGAUUACGUACAACACUUUUCUCAUUCUACUUCAAGGAUACUAGAAUGGCAAAUACUCUACCAUUGGUUUGGUAUUAUUUGUUCUAUUGCUUUCCCGUUUGUCUUCAAUUUUUCACUUUAUGCUUGCUCAACUUAUAUUUUUCACAGGUGAUGUUUAAAGCUAAACCACAAUAUGCAGCUAACCCGAGAAAAUACAAAAAUCCCCUUCGUUUUGCAUGUUUGUUGAUGAGCGCAAUAUUUUUUGCUAUGAAUCUCGGAUGUGCGAUCGUGGUUUACCAACAGACUGCAGUUAAUAUGAUCGAUCCAAAUGAAGACAUCGUAUCAAUAGCAGUAACGGCCCGUGUGCUCGUUAAUGAUUUUCUGUUUGUUGUUGGAGGGAUAUGGCUCGCUUAUUGCAUUGUACGAAUCUCAAAAACAACUUCAGCCAAUAUUUUACUUGAAGCCAAAGGAACAACAGUGUGUCAGGCUGCAACAGUAGGAUUUCUCAUUGUUUUCCUGUUCACAUCUCGUGCCAUAUACAACCUACUUGCCGUUAGCCCACUGAGAUGUCACAACAAAAUGUCAUCUUUCAAUUUUGACUGGUAUAAUGUUUCUGAUCAGGCAGAUCUUGUUGAUGUGUCGCAACUUUCGUACGUUAUGUUCGGAAUUGUGUUAUUCGUAUGGGAACUUCUUCCAACAAGUUUAGUUAUUUUCUUUUUCCGGGUUCGAAGACCUGAGCAGAGUAUGAUUCCUGACAGCAUGCUCAAUAGCCAAAGUUACAGCUCUCGAGUCUAUUUUUUUGACAAUCCUCAUAGAUAUGACAGUGAUGAGGAAUCGAAUCAAGCAUCAGUUAAUGCACCUCUGGCAAAGGAUAUAUACCAUAAUGGAGGACGGUAUGGAAGUUCUCUGCAAAGAAAUAGUAUACAGGGAAGCCAGCUCCGAUCUUACUCAUCACAUGGUUUGAUAGCAUCUUCAAGUCCAAGAAGAAACACUGGAUCAUUCUAUCGAGAUCCAUAUCGUUACCAGCAAGGACAACAGGCUUCUGUUUACUCUCAGUGAAAAUGUUAAUAUGCAUUGGAAUUAUUGCUAAUAGAUUGCCGUUUGUGAGAGAUAGUAAACCACCUCAUCUGUGCAAUAAACUGUGACACAACUUGCUCCUUUUCCCAAAUGCUUAUAGAAGCAAGAAACGCCAAUUCAUGAAAUAUUGCCAACUUGAUUGCACUAAAAUUAUUUCUGAACUUGCUUGUAUGUGCAAUAAAUAAAUAAUGAAUCACUAUAGCAAUCAGUUUACUAAAUAAUCCUUAACUGAACUCAAAGAUUGUUGGUAGAUUUACCUAUUUCUGUAACUAGUUAAUCAGACUGAUCAGUAAUAACUCUACGGUGAAGUAACCAGGGUUGGGGAUCUGGUUUAAAAUCACAAUAGAUCUAGUCCUGUUAUUAUUGAAAGCUGUAGAUGAUAGGGUAUUGUAAAUAUGAAACAAUUGAGCCAAUAAUUUGUUAGCUCCGGCUAAUAUGGUAAGCUUGAGAUUAGUACCAACAAAAUGUUAUUAAGGCUCCCUAGCCCUGGAUGUUACAAAUAAAAUUUGGCAGCCACUCUGAUACUUGAGUAAGCAUAUGAAUGUGAACAUUGUUUUUGUACCUUUGACUCGCAUUUGACAAAGCUCGCAAAGGAGUAUAGUUUUCCAAUAUGGGGAAAAAUUGUUAAAAAAAGGGUUAAAGGUCUAUAAAAAAUAUCCAUUUUAUGAUGCCUUCAUGAUAUCUGAUAUAUGCUUCACUACUACCUAGAAGUUUGCAUCCCCUCAAUUCCUGAACAUUCUAAUUUAUGGGACAUUAUUAAACCUGCAGGGAUGAACAUACUUUUCACACCACCUCCGUCACGUUCUUCAUCAGCUUAUGUUUGUUAUAGUGUUGUCCCAUAAUUGCCGAGCUGAACUGACUUUACGUACAAUUUGCUUUUUAUUUGUUUUUCAUUUUUGAUCAUUGUGCAUUUGCUAUUUAAUUAAUAUAUCUUUUCAUCAAAUGUAAUAAAAAUAUAAAUUUGCAAAAAUAUAUGAAAAUUCAACUAG